GAGCGGGCUCCUCCCUCCUCCCGCACCUCGUCACCGGGACUCGUACCUGCCCUGUCUGCUCCUCCUGCGGUACAAAAGCUCUACGCAUGCGAAGUGACUCUUCCUCUUUAGUCUAGCAUUACGGAAGACACAGCCCAUCAUGGCAGAUGAUGAACCACAGUUCGACCAAGCAGACUCUGGGGCCUCCACAACAUACCCAGUGCAGUGCUCCGCAUUGAGGAAGAAUGGCCAUGUCAUGAUAAAAAAACGUCCCUGCAAGAUUGUCGAAAUGUCUACCUCCAAGACUGGCAAGCAUGGACACGCUAAGGUUCACCUUGUUGGAAUUGAUCUCUUUACUGGGAAGAAGUUGGAAGAUAUCUGCCCAUCUACCCAUAACAUGGAUGUCCCUAAUGUUUUAAGGAAAGACUACCAGGUCAUAGGUAUCAACGAUGGCUUCUUGUCCCUGAUGGAUGACUCUGGAGCAACCAGAGAAGACCUCAAAGUGCCAGAAACCGAUUUGGGCAAAGAGAUAACAUCUAAGUUUGAUGGAGAAGAGAAUUUUAUGGUCACUGUGUUGAAAGCUUGCGACGAGGAAGCUGUAGUUGGCAUCAAGGCCAUGGCUUAACGUGUCCAGGACAACGCUGGAGACCUCCAAAGUCCUUCUCUCCAGUACGGCUUGAAGCCUCACCAAAGCUACUGGCCUUCACCCCACAUCUCCACCAGUUUCCCUGCUGGUCACCUGAAAUCCGGAAACUCGACUGGAUCUGCUUCUACAACAGUCAGGGCCGACAUGCAUUCUCUACAAUCAACGAAGUUGUCCACCCGUAGCCGUCGCAGCGUAACUUUGCAGUGGCUACUGAUAUUGUUCCAGCAAUAUCUAGCACAUUCCAGCAAUUCCUAACAUUCUGCGUAGAAAAUGGCUGAUUGGUUUUCUGUGCAUUACUUCAAUACAUUCGCUUUUUUAAUUCCUCCUAUUGUCCUUUUUUUGUUUGUUUGUUUUGAAUGAAGCGCAGAGCUUUGAGUUGGCUGUGAGCAUGUACUUUAAGGCUCGUUUACAGUUGAGUUGCUGCAUCUUGUUUUCAACUUAAAUUUUCCCCUAAAAUUUAUCUAAACGCCACAAGCUACAACUCAGAACCUAAAAACAUGUAACUUCAUUGAUGGCUGGAAUAUGCCUUUCUGCCUUUGACAAUUAAAUCAUAUGCAUGCACACUCAUAAUCAACAAUUACUUAUAUACACAUGCCGUAGCAGCUAUGAAUUUAUGUAAGCAUAGUGCUGAGCGGUAUAAGCAAAAAUUUCUGUCAUGGUAUUUUUUAAGACUGGUUGUUUCAUGGUAUAUCACGUUUGUUUUUUUUGUAUGACUGGUUCUUUACAAGUUUAAUAGCAGCUUUUUCUGCUGUCAGGAGUACAUAAAAUAUAAAGAUAAUAUGUAAUCAUGUAUAAUAAAGGCUCUAACUAAAGGGUUUGUGUGGCCCCAUAAAAUCGUACAAUAUCUGAAGGAAUUUGAAGAAUCAGUUUCACAAUGAAAACAAUUUUUAUUGUGCAAACAGCUGCAUAGUAAAAACAGAACUUCAAUCAAGACGGUAGAUGAGCCAAAAAAGUCUAAAUUGUUGCUUAACAGUAAUCAAAGCCUUUAGUUUAUACAUGAUGUUAAAAUAUGUUUAUGUUUUGUUCUCCUGACAGUAGAAUACAGUAAAUCACUAUAAAUAUCUAUAAAGUAUUCAAAGAGAGAUUUCUCAAAUGCACUAGUUAGAAACAAGCUUAAUGUUCUCAUUAUGAAGUAUUUUCACCCUGGUAAAACAUCCUUAGAAACCAGUGUUUUAAUCAUUGUUCAAACCCAUCUUUAGCAGGACGGUGUCCUCGCACAGUUGGAUUGUUACUGCGUUCGUAAUGUCGCUGCACCGCUCGCUUUUCCCGUCACAUGCAGCGCCUAGAACAAACCGCGUUAAGCGACAUCUGACGCCUCGGUUUCACUGUUUCAUCUCCGAUAGUAAUCGCAUACUCUUUGUAUUUCAACACGUUUCCUGCUGCGGUAAUGGCUUGAUUUGCUCGUUAGCAGCGACUCCAUAAACUGACAUUACGUGGGAUUUUUUUUAAAAAAGCUUAAACUGUUAGCUCCCCUCUUGGAGUCCAUCUGCGGUCUCUUUUCUGUUCUGUUACAUGUACUUUAGCUCGCGAUGGAGCCUCUCCUAGCUGUUAACAGACUGUUAGCGUUAUGCUACCUGGCUGAGCUGUACGGCUACCCAGCAUGCCGCUCAGCUGUGUAUUUUUUAAAUGUACAAUAAUUGGUGUUAAACUGUUUGUGUCACAAUUUAUUAGGUGCCAUGGUGUUUUGUGCUGUUGCAGAGAGCUGGUCUAGGUUAACUGUUAGUGAGGAGGUGAUGCAGUUAAUAGGGGGCUCCCUGUAGCGCUCUUUCCUGUCUGUUCAGAAGCUACAGCAAUAGUUCCAGCCUUGUACUGCUGUGUAAAAUGUUCAUACCAUACCAAAAAAUUAAAACCCGUAUACCGCCCAGCACUAUGUUACCAGCAUAACUUUAUUUACAUUUUAACUGCAGAUCUUGUGACAGCAUUUCUCCUGCAUCUAGCCAGUCAGUCUUUGGUUGCAGGGAACUCUGGCGUCUCAGCUGUCUUGAAGCCCAACAGGCCUGGACAGGGGUGGUUGGGUGGGGCCAUUUUCUCUUCUAUGCUACGAAACUUUUUUCCUUUCACUUGAGGCCUUUUACGAGCUGAUAAAUGUAUCGAAAAACUAUUUUGAAAGAACAAAACACUGAAAACCUUAACUGUUAGCAACAUCACAAUGCUAAGGAUCACGUUAGCUUCUUGGCACACAGUAGUGGAAACAAGAAACCAUUUUAACGUCUUGUAAGACAUAGCCAAAUCUGGAUGGUCGUUCUGCUGUGGGUUAUCGGAACAGGAGAGUGUUAGCAUUGAGCUAUAUUAUGGGUUGCGGGCGGGUGAAAGUAGUUGUAGAAAGUAAAUGGGGGGGGUGGUAGGUUUGUUUGUAGUUUAACGGGAUUUUUAAGCAUUUUGUGCAGCGUUUGCACUCUAAAAACGGACUGUGGUUCACACGGACUUUUUCAAAACGAUGCCGAAUGGUUCUCUAUGUUUACAUCCACACAAAAACCUGUUACUGGGAGACAUCGGGUAAUUGCAAGAAAAGUGGAAUGCAUCUACACGCACUGCACUAAUGUGCUGUAGAAGCUGCAUUUACAUGCAGGUAGUCAGUUUUUCUCCCCUACCUCCUACUAUAAAAUAAAACUUAGAGGAAAAAAAAAAAAAAUUAGGUGUAUUUGCAAUAUAUUUGAAGUGCUGCAGCCUGAGAUCUUGUUUUUCUGAUCUGAGCAUUUGCACUGAUGGUGCAGUGAGUGGGACAUACUCUGAAGUCUUUCAAGAGUGCAUGCGCUGUUUAGCUGUGGAUAUUACUGAUUUAGUUUGACUUUGGAUUUUGGCUACCUUCUGCGCUGUCGUCAUAGCAAUACUUUUCCUAUUUCAAGUUUUGGUCAUGAACCUGUGCUCUGUUAGAAACUCAUAAGCGUCAAGAAAUCAGAUUUCUCAAGCAGAAAUCUCUCACAUUGAAUAAAGGAGGUGUUUGCACGACAUUUUGUGAUUGGAUCAGUUAAACGUGUGCAAACACUGAUUUGUAAUGUUGACAUUGGAAGGUAUUCUGUCCAGCUUUCAGGUUGUCCUUUGUACAGCAGCAGCCGGUCUGUUAUUUUUGUGCCGACGUAGGUCCAGCUCAAGUAUUUCUUAUUUUUGUCAAGACACCAAAGUUAUCCACUGAAUGUUGUGUUAUGUAUUAAGUUCUGCAUUAAUUCAGUUUCUGAACAUUCCGUUCUUAGUCGAUUUGUGGCAGUUUCCCCCUGAAAAAUACCACAUUAGGAGCUCUGGCGUUAGAACAGUGGCUUCCAGCUCUGGUCUGGCGCCUGGCCAUCUAGAUUUCCACUCAUGGUACAAAGCAGCACAACAAAGAAGGUGCAAGAACCAUUGUGGAAGCCACGUGGCUGUACUAAUGAUACAUUUAAUAUUGAAUAAUCAUUCCUAUAAGCAGGAGGAAGAAACAUUUGGGGCAGCACUACAGUAGAAACCGACCUUGUGCAAUGCAGGCAGUUGAGUUGACUGACAUUCUGUGGCAAAUGGGGGCACAGGCAAGACAACUUGAAGCCCCUGCUUGCCUUUACAAGCAUAUUAAUCCUCUCACAUCUUCCUGCUGCACCUCAACCUCAUGUUACCACUCGUGAGCUGACACACGCUCUGCCCCUUGAGUUUCUAGUAUACUGCUUCCUUAAAUACAUAGCUAGAUUUCCAAACGUAUUCUAACAUCCAAUCAGUAGUAAUAGUUGUAAGAGGUUUCCAAAUUAUUCUGUCUCCACCUCAGCAGCCCUGAAAGAAGACGAAUGUCUUCCCUAAGCCAUAUUUGAGCCCCGUCACGUGUCUUCAACCAAGGUCAGACGUGGGAACAUUGACUCCUUUCUCGCCCUCCGCUCCCUCCGAUAAUUACGCUGCCCUCGCCACUGAUAUGUAGCACUAAUUACUACCACAUGUCUUGUCAGUGAUCCUCUCUACCUUCAGCUGUCUCUCACAUGGAGACAGGAAACAGGACUGACCUCUUGAUUCCGUUUGAGACAAUGUUUACACUGUACACUGUCGGCUUCACUCGCCGAUGUAGGAUCAGAGACCGCGACGGAUACAGCUGCAAAACGACACACGAGGGCAGACUUUCUCAGGGCUCCACAUAGAGUGUUAGGAGAUGUGUUAACUUUAAUGGUGUCAGCAGUGAGGAUAAUAAAUGACAUGAGAAUUGUUUUUAUUUUGAGUAAUUUGUCUCACGUGUCUGUAAUACUCUGGUUUGGGAGAAUGUUCCAUUUCCUGGUGUUUUUGUUUCCCUCCCGAUCUUCUCUGGUGCCUCUCUUCAAAGACAUCGUCUGUUUCUCCUUUUCUCUCCUUUAACUCUGUCAGUCGUCUUGCAGGAAGCUGGUUUGUAUAUGUAGACCACAGGUACAGUGUGUUGUUAAAACAGGGAAUAGGUGAAUUGCUCUUUUCUUCCUUUAAAUGUUUGAGUUUCUUGGGGAAAUCUUACCUUGAGCCUCUCCUGUAAUAAAGAUACACAGGCUCCUCUAUUCUAACUAAUGUAUGGCUGCUGUCUUAAAAAUCACAACUGUCUGUUUUUAUUGUAUAGGCAAAAUAAAGUUCAUUCAGAUGUUACUGGC